AUGUCAGCUGAGGAAAAAUUAUUAUCAAUUCAUAAAUAUGGAUUAUAUACAACAUUUACACCAGAACAAAUAUCAUCAACAUAUUUAUUAUUAAUAAAUUAUCUUAGAUCAAAUAUAAAUUCAAUAGAUUCUAUAAAAUAUUAUGAUUUAUUAGAAUUACAAUUCUAUUUAUCAUUAUUAUCAAAUAAAGAUCAUGAAGCUAAAACUUGUCUAGAUAGAAUUAUGGAUAAAUUUGGUGAUGGUGAUAGUCAAAGAACUGCUAUAUUAAAAGCUACAUAUCUUGAAGCUACUGCGGGUGAAAAAGUUGCAAUUGAAUAUUUAAGUAAAAGAAAAUCAGAUGAAUUAGUUUGUCUUAAGAAGAGAAUCGCAUUGGGGAAAUCUAAAGCUACAAAGCAAGAUUAUAUUAAAUCUUUAAUUGGAUAUUUAAAUGUAUCACCACUUGAUACCGAAGUAUGGUUUGAACUAAGUGAAACUUAUGUUGAUAUUGGACAUUAUGAAAAAGCUGUUUUUGCAUUACAAGAAAUUUUAUUAGUUUUCCCAUUUGCUUAUAAUAUAUUUGCACGUAUCGGAGAAUUAGAAAAUAUUAUAUAUAAAAAAAAUGGAGAUUUAGAAAAAUUAGAAUCAAGUUUAAAACAUUUUUUAAGAAGUAUUGAAUUAUCAUCAAAUUUUAUUAGAGGUUGGUCAGGAAUUUUAAUCACCACUGGGGAAUUUAAGAAAUUGAAUAAUCAAAAACCAUUAAAAAAUGUUAAAAUUGAUUAUGAAUCUUUAUUCAAGUUGAGUAAUUCAAGAUUACAAAAAAUUAUAUCAACGAAGGGAACAAAUAAAGAAGAUUUAUUUGCAGGUGAAAGAAUUAUUUCAACAUUUACAUGA